CGGAGGAAAGAUCUCCACGGUAAGACCAAAGAACUUUGAACUGUAAGAGUAACCAAAGAUGCUAACUGGUAGCUGGCGUCCCUGAAGGGGCUCGGAGACAUGGAGCUGACAGCUACGUAUGCUCGACCAAAGACCGGCAACUUCCUUCCUGCCAUCUCCACCAUGGCGUCCAGCUACCGCAACACAAAGCCCGCCUCCGCCCUGAACCACAGCGCCAACCAGUGGAGGACCAGCAGCUACUACAAGACCAGCGACGCCAUCCCCAGCCUGUCCUCUGUGCCGCGGGGCAGUCUGGACCUCCUGAGGGCCAACACCACGUUCUACCCGUCCAACAGGAACACCCUGACCACUCGCUACACGCCCGAGGACUGGUUCCGGUCCAACCAGAGCAACUACCGUGAGUCGGAGGCGUCCCGCAACAGCGCCGAGAGACUGCGGCGGGACACGUUGAGGCUGAUCCAGGACAAGGAGCAGCUGACCCGGCGGACGCAGGAGAAAAGCAGCAAGAACAUCGGGGAGCGCCUCAACGACAUCGCCUUCUGGAAGUCUGAGCUCAGCCACGAAAUCGACAACAUGGUGACCGAGAUCGCCGCGCUCGCCGAGGUCAAGCGGAGGCUGGAGAGAGCCUUGGCGGAGACCGAGAGGCCCCUACAGGUGUCUCAGGAGUGCUUGUACCACCGGGAGAAGCGCAUGUCCAUCGACCUGGUCCACGACGACGUGGAGAAGGACCUGAUCAAGGAAGUGGACGUGAUCAAGUCCUGUCAAGACAGGAUGAGGCGACAUUUGGAGAGAGCCGCCGCCCAGCUGGCGUCAAACCGGGCGGCCCAACACGAGUUGGAAAGAGACCUGAGCGACAAAAUGGCGGCCCAGAGGAUCGACGACCGCUGCCACCAUUUGAGGAACACGUCGGAUGGCAUCACUUUCUACCGAGGCAUCGAAAGACUGGAUCCUUCGCUCUCUCUGCCGGAGUCGUGGUCCAAGUUCAGCGACGACAACCUGCUGUUCUCGCAGAGCCAGCGGGCCGCCUCGCACAAGCUGAGGGACGAGAUCGAGAUCCUCCUCAACGCCACCUCCGCUGAGAUGUGGAACCAGUUCAACAACGUCAACGUGGCCUUCACCGGCCGCGUGGCCGAGACCGCCGACGCCCGCAACAGCCUGCAGACGCACCUGGCCAAGACCCUGCAGGAGAUCUUCCAGACGGAGCUGCUCAUCGAGUCUCUGAAGAAGGCCCUGCGGGACAAAGAGAGCCCCCUGAAGGUGGCCCAGACCAGGCUGGAGGAGCGGACCCGCCGGCCCAACGUGGAGCUGUGCAGGGACAACCCCCACCACAGGCUGGUGAGCGAGGUGCGGGAGAUCGAGGACACGGUCCACAAGCUGCAGGAGAGACUGCUCGAGGCCGAGAGCAGCCUCCAGUGUCUGGUCAAGACCAAAGUCACCUUGGAGCACGACCUCUCCGUCAAGGCCAACUCGCUCUUCCUGGACCAGGAAAAGUGCAUGAGCAUGCGCAAGACUUUCCCCAGCAUUCCGCGCCUCGUCGGAUACACUUAG